AUGAGCGGCUUCCAGGCUCAGGCAGUGCACUAUCAUCACCAGCAGCCCGCCAGCGAUUUCCUCACCGUCGGACCGUCCGAAUCGCCCAGGCGAUCCGUCGAAGUGGGCACAGAGUCAACGUACGAAUGGGCACUCAAGAUCGCUUGCCUCGUCCACGUCCUGCAGGCCGCUGCAGAUCUGGCCAAGCAGCGUGACGAUGCAGCCGCUAUCGCUGCCCUCAAUGCCCGUCCCGGUCUCUCGGCUGAGAAACCGCUCAAGUCGGCAAGACCGCACAGUACGGGCUCACGGACAGAUCUCAACAAGUCGAGGUCGAGCGUCAUUGAGGGGAACCCGAGCUGGGCCAACACAUUCGCCAGCCUGGGAGACAUCUUUGGCUCCUCCAAAUCUGCUCUCUCGGCCUCGCAAGCUCGUCCUGUCCAGUUUCCAAAGGAACUCAUCAAAGCGCUCGAGAAGAAGAUAGAAGCUAUCGCAAAGGGUCAAGAUAGAACCUAUACCGACCUGUCACUCCGCGCGACCGUCGGCGCUUUCUUUGGACCUUACGGACGGCCAGCCUUUCAGAAGACACUCAAAGAGAACAGAAAGGUCGAAGAGAUCAUCCUCCAAUUCGUCACUACUGCUCAAGGCGUACUGCGCAAACAAGCAACUCGUGAGGGAGGUGGAGACGAAUGGAAAGACCAACUCAUGAUACAAACGGCUACCUUUGUCAGGAUCAUCCAAGACGUGCUCAAGACGAUCAAGUCCUCAUCAACCGAACUGCUCGCUAGAAUGGAGACCUACGUCUCAAAGAUGGUACCCAAACCUGCUCCCGCCACGCGCGUCUCAGUCGACGGAUCGGGCCACCUUACCGUUUCUGCCUCUCGCCAAUCCGGCAGCACGAGUUCGCCCACUUCUACUCGCGCACCCUCGCCCUCUUCCAGCCUGAGCCAGCAACUCUCUUCGACAGGCUCAGAAGACCUGCAUCAACAACGGCUCGUCAGGCAAGUCGGUCGCUUGUUCCGCAUACCGCCGGACAAGCUGCGGCAAGACGUCGAUAUGCUCAGACCCGUCAUCACGCAAGAAUCCAUCUGCAAAGACCUCAGAGCGGUCAUUGCGCAGGUCCAUCUAGGUGCUCACUUUCCCUACUGCGAGGAAGACUUUCAAGAUCCGGAUGCGUUCGAACACUGGCGGCGGAAGGAACUCGAUGAACUGAGUACCCUCCUAGAAUCGAUGCAGGUCGCUCCCUCUAGCCCCCAGACGGUCAAGCGACCGACACUCGCCGGACGUACUUCCUCUCUCUCCGGUCGGCUUUCGCUCACCCAUCUUGGCAAAGAGAGCGAACAAGACGCCGAAGAAGCGAGAAAGACACAUCGCAUCUCGGCAGGCGACCUCCGAGAGGAAGCGACGCACUCCUAUACGUUCAUUCCCACCGAUACUGAGUUCCACUACCAGCACCUUCUUGAGACUUGUCUGAAUCACGACAUCGAAGCAACGCACGAUCUCUCACCCGAUGAUCAAAUCUCCCUGCGCAUACUGUCCAAGGACAGUCAAGAUCUGUUGGAGGAGUCGGCCAUAUGGUGGAGAAUCAUGUCAUCCCACUGUGCCGUCGCUUUCCUGGACGAGAUCUGCCGACGUUUCGCUUCUUUCGAGAUUCCACUCAUCCAGUGUGUAGGCGAGGCGGUAUCUCAGGUAGACGCGAUCACAGCAGAGUGGCCACAGAGCCGGUGGGCCAAAGCAGAUAGUCUGUCGCUGGCCCACGUGCUGUCCGAGCUUUUCGACACUAUACUACGGAGGCUUUGUGACAGUCUGAGGCUACCGGAAGCAAGUACGGAUCUUGAUGUCAUUCAGACUGUCGAAUUGCUCGCUGGCAUUACUGUCUUGCCGGCGUUCGCAGAAGGCGUUGACGAUCUCGAUAUUCGGCUGCCCGAAUUUGAGGAGGCAGUGCGGGACAUAGCCGCACGUACGUACGAAGAUCAACGCGCUCAGAUGCCUCGGUUGCAGAACGCUACGCUUGUCGAGGUCUUUCUACGGCUUUUCGAUUGGGUCAGAUCGUCGGCUGCGAUAGUCGACAAACGCUUUCCGUCUGCCCUGCUAGGUAGCACAGAUGUAGCAGCUACUUAUAUCGAUACGCUCGCGACCUCUUUUGGCGCAACGUUACAUCAGUAUGCUAGUGCGCUAUCAGAGUUGCCAGACGCCUCGCAAGAGGAUGCAGAUCGAUAUGACAGCGAGUUACGUGCGCUGUACGAUGGUUGCCUCGAGCUACGGCAGAUGCACCGUGCCUUCAAUCCUUCCACACAGCUCGAAAUUGACUUUGCGGGCUGCUUUGCGCCUUUUGUCCGACGAUGGCUCGAAAAGACGGAUCGAAAGACGAUCAGCUGGGUACAAUCGGCCAUCAGUGUCGACCUCUUCACCGCUGUCGGUGAAGAUCGUCGUAGCUCCUCGGUUGUCGAUCUCAUCGAGUCUUGCAAGUCUGCGGCGGACUAUCUCGUCCGGCUCAAGUGGCCAGUAGAAGAGGAGUAUGCCUUAUUCCUAACGCGGCUAACCCAGACCAUCUCCAAAGCUGUCGAACAAUACUGCAACAAACUCGAAGAACUCUUCAUGGAGGAUCUCUUCCCGGAAGAAAGCCUGACGACGCCGUCUGAGAACCACGCUUCGACCGCUGCUUGGCUCAUUAAAGCCAGAGAGCACCUGCAAGGAGACAAGCGAGCAGUACCCUUCCACUUCCAGCCUCGAUCCUGCGUCAUACUGAACAAUAUCGAAGCUGCACGAGGACUGCUGGACACGCUCUACACGACACUAGAUGCAGAUCGAUUGGUCAGCUUACUGGAGCGAACACAGCCGACACAAGUCGUAAGACCUGCUCACACUUCCUACUUAUUCUCGGUCAAAGUCGUCCUUGCCGAAGGUCUGGUCGCCGUCAACGAAGCCGCCAAAAUCAACCCCUUUCUCUGUCUGAGCGAUCGGCACGGCAAUAGGCUGGCCAAGACACGUACGCUCUACGAUACUGCCAAUCCUCGCUGGGGCGAAACUGUCGAUCUAUCGAUCGAAGGCGAUCUCUGGGUGGCCGCUACCGUCUACGAUAGAGCUCUUGUUGAUGACCACGACCAGAUAGGUCGCGCUUAUCUCCACCUCGAUCCAGACAAAUUUGGCGACUUCCUUGCCCACGAUCUCUGGCUACCGCUUGACACUCAUGGCCGCGCACUCCUGCGUGUCAACAUGGAGGGCGAAAAAGACGACAUACGCUUCUACUUUGGCCGCGCGUUCCGUUCACUCAAGCGUGCAGAGAACGAUAUGGUGCGCAUCAUCGUCGACAAGAUGUCGCCUUUCAUUAGGCAGUUGCUCUCUCGUCAAGGUCUCAGGACAUUAGUAAGGAAAGGCUACAAUUUCUCGGACCUCAAGCUGGAUCAGAUCAAGCUGCCGGAAAAUAUCAAGCUGGAAAACAUCAAGCUCGACAAGGUUACUGCCUUCUUCAAGUCCAAUGGCCAGGCCAAGCUUUCGGAGAUCCCGCCCGUCGAGAUUGAGCGAGCUGCGGCUGCUCAAAAUGAUCUGUCGCAGUCACAAGCUGGUCGCAAGCGUCCUGCAGUUCUGACAGACAAGGAGAUCGAAGACGUCAUUGAGCCGCUCUUCGAAUACUUUGACGAGAGCCUCGCUGUUCUCAAGGAAAAUCUCAGCGACACAGCUUGUCAUCUCGUCAUGGUGAAGCUGUGGAAGGAGAUCCUCAACAUUAUCGAAAGUCUGCUCGUGCCGCCCUUGUCAGACCAGCUCUCCGAGAUGAAGCAGCUGUCUGACAAAGAGGUCUACAUUGUCGUCAAAUGGCUGAAAGGUCUCGCCAACUUCUUGUAUGGCGAAGGUGAAGGCGUCCCGCUCGAGGACUUGCACAAUGCGCGGUAUCAGCACAUUAUCAGCCUUCCGAUGUACUACGAACAAGACACCGACACGCUCAUGGAGCAAUGCAAUCGUGCAGUCAACCAGCGUCUUGCUCAACCCAGUCUAGCCAGAGGUUUGACUCGCUCCAAAUCGGUCCUUCAGCAGCGUAAUCUAGGUACGAUCAGGCAGAGGAAGCAAGAGAAGCGUAAGGAUCACGACGCAGAAGACAACGCGGACAUGCUAUUACGCAUACUUCGUAUGCGGACUCAGCCCGGCGUGGCAGAAUUUCUCGCCCGUCAAUUCGAGACAAUCAACUUUGUCAAAACGCAACAGCAGCAGCAGGUCAGUCAACGCAUCAGUCGACCUUCUGCUCGGCCCAAGAGUAGCUUCACCGGCCUCACUGGCAGGGGCCGUACCAAUAGGCUUACUCGACCUUUCAAUGUCGAGACUGCACACCCUAGUCUCAAUACGCUCGAGGAGGCACCCUCUUCGCCGUACUCGUGA